AUGCCGCCGCUCGCCGAGGCGGUUGGGUGGUCCUUCAUCCAGGGCAUCGACUUCCACUCUGUGCUGGUGCGAGGCUCGCAGUACCGAGUGGAGUCGAUGCUGCUGCGGCUGGCCCGGACGCAAGACUACGCCCUCCCCGCCAUAAACAAGGAGCAGGCGCUCAACUUCGACCCCGAGGGCACCCUCUACUCGGACCCGGCCGCACUGCUCAGCGGGGGGCGAGAGGCGUCUAUGACUGUGCCACAGGUGGCCGUGCUCGACUUUCGCUCGUUGUACCCCUCCGUCGUCUGCGCGUACAACUAUUGCUACUCCACCUGCCUUGGCAAGCUCGAGGCGAUACCACGGACCCUCCGGCGGGAGACGAACCCGCGCCUCGUCACACCUCUGCGCUGCGAACAGGCGAUGGCGCCUACCCUCCGGAGGGAGGCGGGGCCGUCGCAUAAGUUCGGAUGCCUCGAGCUGCCUCCGCGUGCGCUCGCCACCCGCGACGAGGUGCACUCGUCACUACCCCUAGGACUGAUUUCGCGCUAG